AUGACCCAGCUCCGGUACUCUCCACUUACCAGCCAUUAUCGCCAUUUCACUCACACUCGUCAUUUUACCAAUUUCGCCCUCAGAUUUGCCGAUAAUACUUCCCCGAGCACCAUUUCCCUUUGCACUGAAACUAAACCGUUAAACUCGGAUUCGACAAUCAAAGGUUAUAUCCCCUGUGCUGGUGGUGGAGGUGGUGAUAUUGGUGUUGGACAUGGUGAUGGUAGUGGUGGAUAUAGCGGUAAUGGGGGUUGGAAUCAUGGCGGAGACUCUGAUGAAUCCAAGUCUUCGUUGGAUGGUUUCGGACCAAUUGGGACUUUUAGACUGAGUGGACCUACAGGAAUGACAAUGGACUGGCAAGGAGCACCAGCAAGUCCGAGUUCAUACACUGUGAAACGGAUUGUUCGCCUAGAAAUUCCUGUAGAGAAUUAUCCAAAUUUCAAUUUUGUUGGGCGGCUUUUGGGUCCUAGAGGAAAUUCACUUAAGCGAGUGGAAGCCACUACAGGAUGCCGCGUGUAUAUUAGAGGAGAAGGUUCAAUGAAGGACCCGGACAAGAAAGAGAAGCUCCGGGAACGACCAGGUUAUGAGCAUUUGAAUGAACCGCUCCACAUCUUGAUUGAGGCUGAUUUACCUGCUAAUAUUGUUGAUAUCAGACUGAGGCAAGCUCAAGAGAUAAUAGAAGAACUGCUCAAACCUGUGGAUGAGUCGCAGGAUUUUAUUAAGAGACAACAAUUGUGUGAACUAGCCAUCCUAAAUUCAAAUUUCAGAGAAGAGAGUCCUGGACCAGGUGGCACCUUUCAAUACCAGUGGAAUGAAACGUGCAAAAACAGGACGUUAAGAGAUCAAAAUCUCUCUGCUGUCUGA